CCCUAGCCCCAGAUGGGGAACUGCCUCAAGGUCUCCCCCUCAGAUGAUAUCUCCCUGCUUCAUGAGUCUCAGUCUAACAGGGGUAGCUUUGGCAAGGGGACCAAGCCAGUUCAGGAGCUGCCAUCGCUAUAUCAGGAACAAGUUCCAGUUCCAGUCUAUCAUCCAAUACCUAGCCAGACUCAGCUAGCAACUCAGCUGACUGAAGAGGAACAAAUUAGGAUAGCUCAAAGAAUAGGCCUUAUACAGCAUCUGCUUAAAAGAGUUUACGACCCUAGAAGAGAUGGAUCAGAAAAAAAGGUCUGGGAGUGUGUAAUGUGUAUGAUGGAUUUUGUUUCUGGGGACUCAGUUGGAUUUCUGCCAUGCAUGCACAUCAAUCAACUGGAUGGUACAGAUGACUGGUUGGUGAGAUCCUUCACGUGCCCUUCCUGCAUGGAGCCAGUUGAUGCAGCACUGCUUUCCUCCUAUGAGACUAACUGA